AUGAUAAGAAGCACCGUUAGAGGCAUGGUCCAGAGAAGGCAGAUGUCGUCUUUAGUCAAGUUCAAAACGAAUAACACGGCCCGUGUGGUCACGCUCAAUCGGCCCGAGAAGCUGAACGCCAUCAACCAUGAGAUCUGCCACUCGAUUCUGCCGGUGAUGCAGGAGUACGCCAAAAGCGAUGUGGCCAACGUGAUUGUGUUCGACUCUGCGUGCGCGCCACGGGCGUUCUGCGCCGGUGGCGACAUCGUGCUGAUGGCGAAGGCCAUGCGGCGGGACAUGCUGGAGAAGGUGGACGACUUCUUCCAGGGCGAGUACACCAUGAACUGGAUGCUGGCGACGUACCCGAAGCCUGUUGUCGCGCUGAUGGACGGGAUCACGAUGGGUGGCGGCGUGGGGCUGACGAUCCACGUGCCGUUCCGCGUGGCGACCGAGAACACGAAGUGGGCGAUGCCAGAGCUGGAUAUAGGGUUGCACCCCGAUGUGGGGGUGUCCUUUGCGCUGCCCAGGAUCAUGACGCUCGGCGGACAAGAGGGCCAGCUCGGGUACUACCUGUGCCUGACCGGCGAGGUGCUCCAGGGGGCUGACGUCUACAUGGCGGGCCUUGCCUCGCACUAUGUCGAGAGCACACAGCAUGGCGCGCUGAAGGAGCGCCUCGGGACGGUUCCGAUAACCCGCAAGGCCGACGAGACGUUUGCCAACACCAACGCCGUCAUCGAGGAGUUCUCGUCUCCUCUGCCAGACGGCUACCAAUUCAAGUACAACAAGGAAGAAUUGGAUGUGAUCGAGCGGUUCUUCCACUACGACGUCUCCUACAAGGAAUUGCGCAAGAACCUCGAGGCGUUUGCCAGUUCGAAUGCGAACUCGGAAGUCGCCCGUAACUUUGCCAAGGCAACCUUGGAGAAGCUCUCCACAAAGUCCACCGUUUCUGCUGAGAUCACCCGCGAGCAAUUCCGCCGGAACUCCCAACGUGACAUCCAGUCCGCCAUGAAGCAAGACCUCAUUACCAGCACGAACCUGUUGCGGAACAACGAACUAGCGGAGUUCGAAAACGCGGUCAUCCAUAAGCUGGUGGAGAAGGCCAAGACACCCUACGAGUGGAAGAAUACGUCACCUUCGGUCGCAGAUAUAUCCAAACUGCUAGCUGCGGACCCAGCCAACCCAAUCGACCUGCUGGAAACCUUCGGAGUCACGUUCAAGAACUACCGUUACCACAACAAGUUCACGCUCCCCACCGAAGCCGCGGUCCAGGCAUACAUCACCGGCACUGACCAGUCUGGCAGGUCAAUGGCCGUUACAAGGGCGGAGACUGUCAAGUAUUUCACGGAAUUUAACCCUGUAAGCCGGGGUAAAGUUGGUACUGAAUAUGUUGUCAACUUGAUCAUCGACCGGAAAUGCAGAAUGGAUAAUGAUUCCUUCCUACACUGGAACUAUUAG